AUGAAAGCGGUAGACAAGUGGCUAAUAUACGGAGUCGUCUUGCUGCUGUUUGUAGGCUUUGGGUGUAGUGACUCCUUUGUCGACACGCUAACAUCAUCGCUCGAUAUCAACGAUAAGAUCAAGAGCAAUUAUCUGAUUAUCUCAGUUCGUUUGUACGGCGCAGGAUCCGUUCUUGGUCCUCUAAUUGGCUGCCUCAUGUCGCAAUAUCUUAGCGUCAGAGUCACUACGCUCUUCUCGUCAUUCAUCAUUGGCAUCGGCGCCUUCUCGCUCGCACUCGGCCCACCGAUGCAGGUCUUCGUCUUUGGUAUGGCUACUCUCGGCAUCGGGAUUGCAAUGGGCAGGAGUAUGGCUAUAUCGGUGCUGAUGCAGUGCAGGGAAAGCGCGAUGAUCGGCGUUAUCUACGGUUUUGGUUCCGUCGGCCAGACUACGGCACCAUUUCUGCUACGUCUGAUACAGCAUUUCACAACAUGGAAGCAUUUCUUCUGGAUAUUCCUUGCGUAUUUUGGAUUUCUGGGUAUUGUCCAGUUCUUUGUCUUUAGAAAUUUCAUCCUUGCAGGGAGUAAAGGAGACGUGCUGCCGUUAAAGCAGAAGUGGAGGGAUGUGGUGGCAGACAAGAAGCUAUGGAAGAGGAUACUCUCACUCACACUGAGUCAGCUCAUCACCGAAACGUGGGCGCAUUGGAUGUCGACGUAUGUUAAGGAAGUAAAGGAUCUGCACUUCAAAAUACUUUCCAUUGGUGCAUUCGAGCUAGCGGUGUACCGCUCCGGUGCGACGGUGAGCAUGCUAUGCUUCUCGCAUUUGUAUUGCAGAGUGGGGUACAAGCGCUCGAACCUAAUGUUACUCUGGCUGACGUGCAUUUUCCUCGUAUCGAUUGAUAAAGUGCGCGGUAUAGCGCCAGUGAGCGUUCUCAACGCAUUCAUAGGCGCAACACUCGCUCCGACAAUGCCCAAUAUGUGGGGCAAUAUGUCGCGUGAUAUCAACCCGCCGUUUAUCGAGACUACUGUGUCGCUCGCGUUGGCGACGUCCACCACAGGCGUCAUCGUCGGACCGCUCGCUGUGUCGUUCAUCGUUGAGGAUUUCGGCAUUGAUGUGCUUGUCGGGAUCAGCAUAGUUAUGGCAUUCAUGGCCUCGCUGUCGAAUAUUCACGAUCCACUGGGCUUAGUCAAGGCUAUUAAGACACUGCCCAGGAAGGCACUCCACCACUCUCGAAAGCUUAAGAGUCGUUUAGAAAAACCGCGUGCAUUGAAAUAG